UUUUUCCUCUGUGGUGGCCCUGGGAGCCAGCAUCAUCUGUAACAAGAUCCCGGGUCUUGCCCCCCGGCAGCGGGCAAUCUGCCAGAGCAGGCCCGACGCUAUUAUCGUCAUCGGGGAAGGGUCCCAGAUGGGCAUCAACGAGUGCCAGUUCCAGUUUCGCAACGGGCGCUGGAACUGCUCUGCCUUGGGAGAGAGGACCGUCUUCGGGAAGGAGCUGAAAGUGGGUAGCAGAGAAGCAGCAUUCACAUAUGCCAUCAUCGCUGCUGGAGUAGCACAUGCCAUCACGGCUGCCUGUACACAGGGCAACCUGAGUGACUGUGGUUGCGACAAAGAAAAACAAGGACAGUACCAUAAAGAGGAAGGAUGGAAAUGGGGAGGCUGCUCUGCUGACAUCAGAUACGGAAUAGGAUUUGCCAAAGUCUUUGUGGAUGCCCGGGAGAUUAAGCAAAAUGCAAGGACGCUCAUGAACCUGCACAACAACGAGGCCGGGCGGAAGAUUCUGGAAGAGAACAUGAAGUUAGAGUGCAAGUGCCAUGGGGUCUCGGGAUCCUGUACCACUAAAACGUGCUGGACAACCCUGCCUAAAUUCCGGGAGCUGGGCUACAUCCUUAAGGACAAAUACAACGAAGCCGUUCAAGUCGAACCAGUGAGAGCAAGUCGUAACAAGCGUCCAACCUUCCUCAAAAUAAAGAAGCCACUUUCUUAUCGCAAACCCAUGGAUACAGAUUUAGUGUACAUAGAAAAAUCUCCCAAUUAUUGUGAAGAAGACCCUGUGACAGGCAGUGUGGGAACGCAGGGAAGGAUGUGCAACAAGACGGCCCAGCAGUCCAAUGGCUGCGACCUGAUGUGCUGUGGUCGAGGUUACAACACCCACCAGUACUCAAGAGUGUGGCAGUGCAACUGCAAAUUUCAUUGGUGCUGCUAUGUUAAAUGCAACACGUGCAGUGAAAGAACAGAAGUAUAUACCUGUAAGUGAGUACCUGGCCGGGCGGGCUGACGUGUCCCCGGCCAGGAAUACAUUUGCACAUGCACUCAACAUACCUACACAAGACUGUAGGAAAGACCUGCUCUCCCAGAAGAAAUGCGGAUGAAUGGAGCC